AUGACUGCAACAGCAAUAAUCGUGAUGAUGCUUACUUUAUUUGACACCUUUUCUUCUGUUGAUGAAAGUGCAAAUGAAAAUGAAAUCCCAAAAGAAACCACUAUCAAUAAAAGUGCCAAAAUGACUGCCAUUAAUGAAAAUACUGAAAUAACCAUCAUAAAUGAAAGUGCUGAAAUAACCACCAUGAAUGAAAAUACCAAAAUAGUUAACGAAAAUGAUGAAACAACAGCAGAUAAUUUGAGACAAUAUUUAUCCUAA